UUUUUCUAUUGAUUGCAUGUUGAAAUCUUACUUUGGAUAUAUUGGGUUAAAUAAAGUUUAUCAUUAAAAUGUUUAAACUUAUGUGCCUAUAAGAAACUUCCAAAAUUACACAGGUGGUUGCGCUAUAUUUCUCUUGGACAGCACUGGUCUGGAGGACGACAAAAAUCAAGAUACGUUUGAAUCACGCCAUGUCUUUAGGGAAAAGAAGAGUUUCCUUUCCUAUUGCUUACGGGCUCCUCGCAAGAAUCAUCUGAAAGAGAAAAGCCCUGGCUCCCGCCCCAGUCACUUCUAAUCCUGGUUCCCCGCGCCAAGAAAGCCAGGAACGGGCAAGCCUGGCAAGGCAUUGAAAGGGAACGGGACCCCCCGAGUACAGGAUGCGUUUUUGCCCCACAAAAGUCCCUUGAGGGUGGGGGACCGCAGCUGCUGAGGCUCAGGAAAGAGGGGAGCACACGGGAUGAGGCCCUCAGAGUCAGGCACGCAGGACCUCGACCCCAGGCUCCUCAUUUCCAGGUUCGCGAGUGACCUCCCCAAGAUGGCCGUCGCCGGGGGGGCGGUUCUCCGCGCUACACGGGUGUUGAUUGGGUGAGACGACUCGAUAGUGAGCAAUGAUUGGUUCACAAGGAGCGAGCUGGGCGGAACCGGAAGAUGGUCUGAACCUGGGGUUGCCGGGGUCUUGAGGCUAGGCGUCGGUCUCUGGGGGAUGUGGAGAGUCGGCAGCAUGUCGGCAGAGCUGGGAGUCGGGUGCGCACUGCGGGCGGUGAACGAGCGCGUGCAGCAGGCGGUGGCGCGGCGGCCGCGGGAUCUCCCAGCCAUCCAGCCCCGGCUAGUGGCUGUCAGCAAAACCAAACCUGUAGACAUGGUGAUCGAGGCCUAUGGUCAUGGGCAGCGCACUUUCGGCGAGAACUAUGUUCAGGAACUGCUAGAAAAAGCAUCAAAUCCUAAAAUUCUGUCUUUGUGUCCUGAGAUCAAGUGGCACUUCAUUGGCCACCUACAGAAACAAAAUGUCAACAAAUUGAUGGCUGUCCCCAAUCUCUUCAUGCUGGAAACAGUGGAUUCUGUGAAGUUGGCAGACAAAGUGAACAGUUCCUGGCAGAAAAAAGGUUCUCCUGAAAGGUUAAAGGUUAUGGUCCAGAUUAACACCAGCGGAGAGGAAAGUAAACAUGGCCUCCCACCUUCAGAAACCGUAGCCAUCGUGGAGCACAUAAACACCAAGUGUCCUAGCCUGGAGUUUGUGGGACUGAUGACCAUAGGAAGCGUUGGACACGAUCUUAGUCAAGGACCAAAUCCAGACUUCCAGCUGUUAUUGUCCCUCCGGGAGGAGCUGUGUAAAAAGCUAAACAUCCCUGCUGACCAGGUUGAGCUGAGCAUGGGCAUGUCCAUGGAUUUCCAGCACGCGAUUGAAGUAGGAUCUACGAAUGUCCGAAUAGGAAGCACCAUUUUUGGAGGACGGGAUUACUCAAAGAAAGCUACACCGGACAGGUGCGCAGCGGACGUUAAGGCCCCGGCGGAGGUGGCCCAGGAGCACUGAGCCAGGGAAUACUGAGAACACUAACUAUGCACCAACCUAGAUUUUCAGUUUGAUAUUCCCUGUGUCUCAGCACAGUCCUGCUCUCCUGUGACCUGCGGAGAGCACUAAUGAUCACAUGUGUUCAUGGAAACCAUCUGUGCUUAGUCCUUGACAUAGGAAGCUCGCUUCAAGCAGCGGCUUUGGAUUCAAUUUAAGAAAUUCAAACAUUUCUGCAGAACAGAUACCAAAUCAAUAGCCAGGAAUCACUUUCAAUAUUGAAUUCUGCGCAGGAGCAGGAACUGGUCCAUGAAUGCCUUUUCCAGGUUAAAAUUUGGUCACUGAUGCCUAUAAUAGUAGAAGUCAGAGGGAUUCCACUCUUUCAUCCCAUUUUCAUAGGAAAUUCCUUAUGGUUAACAACUCCCUGCAAACUCCUACUACAUCGUCUAAAUUUCUGUUCUGUGAUAAGGUGAUUUCUGCCCCCAGAUUAUUCCCUAGCCAGUAGAUAUGGGAAGAUAUUCUCGACUCUGGAAUAGCAGUAUAGGUAACUUCAGGAAAUGGCUCGGGCCAAUUCUCCAAACACAAAUUGUUGCUGGCCAGGCAUGGUGACUCAUGCCUGUAAUCUCAGCAGUUUAAGAGGCGGAGGCAGAAGGAUCACCUGAGCCUAGGAGUUCAAGACCAGCCUGGGCAACAUCAGGAGACCCUGUCUCUACAAAAAAUUUAAAAAUUAACGGGGCAUGGUGGCUGAGGUGGAAGAAUCACUUGAGCCCAGGAGUUUAAGGCUGCAGUGAGCUGUGAUUGCACCACUGUAUUCUAGCCU